CUUGUGCGACUCAAGAGUUAUCAGAAAAACGGGGGAAGUACGUUGGGGCCGGGGGUAAAUCAAGAGAGGAGAGAAGGGUGGACAAGCGCCAAGCCGACGCCCGCCGCUUCAAGCAGCAAGUAAUCCAUGGAGUGACGAGAGUGGAGACAAAAUUGGUCUUGCUCACUCAGCCGGUUGCUGACAACUUUUAGAAGCCAUCGACCGACCGACAGACCGACCGUGACGGCAUUAAAUCCAGUAACGGAGACUCGGAGAGAGAGAGGGUGAUGGUGGAAAUGGGGAAGAGGGUGCUGGACUCAGGAUGGCUGGCGGCGAGAUCGACGGAAGUGGCGGCCACCGGCGUCCAGCUGACCACCACCCACCCCCCGUCCGGCCCCUCCGCCCCAUGGAUGGAGGCCGCAGUUCCCGGCACUGUUUUAGGGACCUUAACUAAAAACAAGCUGGUGCCAGAUCCUUUCUAUGGGCUAAACAACGAAGCAAUCUUAGAUAUUGCUGAUUCUGGGAGGGAGUAUUACACAUUUUGGUUUUUCACAACUUUUGAGUGUGCAAUGAAAGGAAAUCAGCAUGUAAAUCUCAACUUCCGUGCAAUUAACUAUUCAGCAGAGGUGUACUUAAAUGGUCACAAAGAGAUCCUUCCUAAAGGGAUGUUUCGGAGACACUCCCUUGAUGUCACUGAUAUUCUUCUCCCUGAUGGAAAAAAUCUGCUUGCUGUCCUUGUUUAUCCUCCUGAUCAUCCUGGUAGCAUUCCUCCUGAGGGAGGCCAAGGUGGUGAUCAUGAGAUAGGAAAAGAUGUUGCUACUCAAUAUGUUGAAGGCUGGGAUUGGAUGACGCCAAUAAGGGACAGGAACACUGGGAUCUGGGAUGAAGUGUCAAUUUCCAUUACUGGGCCUGUGAAGAUAUCUGAUCCUCACCUGGUUUCAUCAUUCUUCGAUGGCUUUAAGAGGGCAUAUCUGCAUACUACUCUUGAACUGGAAAAUAAGAGUUCAUGGCUUGCUCAGUGCUCUUUGACUCUCCAAGUGACAACUGAACUAGAGGGAAACAUCUCCUUGGUUGAGCAUCUUCAGACUCAUGAGUUGUCAAUUCCUCCCAAAACACUUCUUCAGUACACACUUCCUCCACUUUUCUUUUACAAACCCAAUUUGUGGUGGCCGAAUGGCAUGGGCAAGCAAUCCCUAUACAAUGUCGGGAUUACAGUUGAUGUAAAGGGAUUUGGGGAGUCCGAUUCAUGGAGCCAUCAAUUUGGAUUCCGCAAGAUUGAAAGCAUAAUAGAUAGCGUUACUGGUGGAAGAUUGUUCAAGGUGAAUGGUCAAUGUGUUUUCAUUCGUGGGGGCAAUUGGAUACUGUCAGAUGGGCUACUGCGACUUUCAAAGAAACGAUACAUGGCAGAUAUCAAAUUUCAUGCAGAUAUGAAUUUCAACAUGCUUCGCUGCUGGGGUGGUGGAUUGGCUGAAAGACCAGAUUUCUAUCACUACUGUGAUAUCUAUGGUUUGUUGGUGUGGCAAGAGUUCUGGAUAACUGGAGAUGUUGACGGACGAGGUGUACCAGUGUCAAAUCCCAAUGGGCCACUGGACCAUGACCUUUUCAUGCUAUGUGCGAGGGACACUGUCAAGCUCCUCAGAAAUCAUGCCAGCCUUGCACUUUGGGUAGGUGGCAAUGAGCAAGUUCCACCAAAAGACAUUAAUGCAGCUCUUAAGAAUGAUUUGAAGCUCCAUCCCUUUUUCAUGUCUGUUGUUGGGAAUACUGCACUAGGAGAGGAUUUGCCUCAAGCUUCAGAUGACCCAAGUCAGUAUCUUGAUGGAACUCGUGCUUAUGUUCAAGGAUCAAUGUGGGAUGGUUUUGCAGAUGGAAAAGGAGACUUUACAGAUGGGCCUUACGAAAUCCAAAAUCCAGAAGAUUUCUUUAAAGAUGAUUUCUAUAUGUAUGGGUUCAACCCAGAGGUUGGCUCAGUGGGGAUGCCAGUUGCCGCUACAAUUAGAGCAACAAUGCCUGCAGAAGGAUGGCAGAUCCCAUUGUUCAAGAAACGAUCUGAUGGAUAUAUCGAAGAAAUUCCGAACCCUAUAUGGGAGUAUCAUAAAUACAUUCCGUACUCAAAGCCAGGGAAGGUCCACGAUCAGAUCGAACUGUAUGGACACCCAAAGGACCUGGAUGAUUUUUGUGAGAAGGCACAGCUUGUCAACUACAUCCAAUAUAGGGCUCUAAUAGAGGGUUGGACUUCUCAAAUGUGGACCAAAUUCACAGGUUUUCUAAUCUGGAAGACACAGAAUCCUUGGACAGGCCUCCGAGGUCAGUUUUAUGAUCAUCUUCAUGACCAAACUGCGGGUUUCUACGGUUGUCGCUGUGCUGCUGAACCAGUUCAUGUCCAGCUCAAUCUUGCCACUUACUUUAUAGAGGUAGUAAAUACUACAUCUGAUGAGAUUUCAAAUAUAGCAGUAGAAAUUUCGGUAUGGGAUCUGGAGGGCACUUGUCCAUACUACAAGGUUACUGAGAAAAUCCUGGUACCAGCCAAGAGAACACUUCCAAUUAUCGAAAUGAAGUAUCCGAAAUCAAAAAAUGCAAAACCAGUUUAUUUUCUUCUCCUUAAGCUUUUCAGAUUAUCAGAUACUGCCAUACUGUCUAGGAACUUUUAUUGGUUGCACUUGCCUGGCAAUGAUUACAAGUUGUUGGAACCAUACCGGACCAAGAAAGUGCCACUGAAGAUAAAAUCUCAAGUUCUCAUCAUGGGUUCGAACUACAAGGUGCAGAUGCAUGUGCAAAACAUGUCUAAGAACUCGAACUGCAGAAGCAUCCCUGGCAUGAGGGUUGAGGAUAGAAAGGAUGAUAAUGAUUUUGACAUAAAUUCAGUUGCAUUGGCUGAGCAAGUUAUUCCAGAAAAAGAGGAAGUCGAUGGUGGUCUAUUGAGCAAGAUUUGCAAAAGCCUCUGUCGCUCAAGAUCAGCCAAUCAUCCCAAUGUGGUCAAGAUAAAUGGGACUGAUUCAGGAGUUGCUUUUUUCCUUCAUUUUUCUGUUCAUGCUGCGAAGAAAGUUCAGAGAGAUUGGGAAGACACAAGAAUCCUCCCUGUCCGUUAUUCCGACAACUAUUUCUCACUUGUUCCUGGUGAAGCAAUGACUAUUGACAUCUCAUUUGAGGUGCCUCAGGGCAUCAGUCCUUCCAUUACUCUUAGUGGCUGGAACUACCAUAAAAACCAUAAGGUAUUUUGAUGCAUUAUUCCGUCUGUAAUGCAUGAAGCCCUUUGCAACUAGUUUGUUCCAGGAGAACUUUCUCAGCAAGAAAAUUUGAUUGUUGAGCCCUGAUACAGAGAAAACCUUGAAGAUUUGAGGGUACCAUAUACAUACUAUGGCCUAAGUUUUUCAUUAUUGUACUUGAUUAUCUAUCAGCAUCAAUAAAGUUUGACUCUCCAAAAGAGAGAAAAAAAAGAGAACAGUUUAUGUACAAGAAUAUUUUUCUUUCUAGUGUCAUAAAGUAAUUGCCUUGGCUUGAUCA